AUGCCUGAGAAAAAGCCGCCGCAAAAGCCCACUAAUUUAAGACCUUAUAAGUGUGAUUUGAUUAUUGACGGUCAGCACUUCACUAAAUUAGAAAUCAGUCCUUAUUAUGAAAAGCACAAUAAGGAAUAUUUAGAGAAAUUAGAAAGAGAAGGAAUUGAAUUAUCAGAGAAAGAACUAGCCGAAAAACUGAUUACCGAUGAUUUGAUUAGAAAAAUAUUACUUCCUCAGUUAAACGGCGAGGAAGAUAUUAGAGCCGAUGGUCGUAAUUAUCAGUAUACUUAUUACUUUGCUAUUUCAUAUAAAGGAGUUAAAUCCUAUAA